AUGGCCCCCGUACGGCAGGACAUUCCGAUGCACGCCAUCGAGCGCACCCCCGAGUAUGAAGACUUCAUGUCGCGAUUGCGCGAGUACCACACCAAGCGCGGCACUACGCUCGACGCAGAGCCCAAGGUUGGCGCGACACAUCUCGACCUUCUCAAGGUCUUCAACCAUAUCGUUGCCAAUGGAGGUUACGAUAAGGUAUCCGAGGAGAAGCUGGCAUGGCGGCGCAUGGCCGCUGAGCUUGGCAUCUUCUCUAACAACGAAGCCUCAACCGCCUUUUCCCUGAAGGAGAAGUUCUACAAGAACCUUGCUGCCUUUGAAAUAAGCACUGUCCAUGGAAAGGAGCCGCCGCCAAAAGAUAUCCUCGAGGAUGUCACUGCCAAGGGUGCCGGCCUCCUGUCCCGAACGCGCGAGAACUUCCGUGGCAAGCGCGAGAGUAACAUCGGUGCCACAGACUCGGCCGCUUCUGGAGACGAUGGCACACCCGUUCGCGAACGACCCGUCCCUGAUCCCGCUGCUAGUGCCCGGGCAUCUCGCGGGUUGCGCGAGGCACCACCUCAACGUGUCAUAUUCCAACCCGAUACUGGGCCAACUCGAACGACCAGGCAUGCGUCAGCGCACCAUGCUAGCCACCAGAACUCUCCCGCCACAAACCAACCCCAGACUCCAUCGCAUCAGCACGGCAUGCCCCCUAUGCCUCAACCACAAAGCCACCAAGGCAGGGGCCCCUCGAUCCUACACCAUCCUCCCAACCCCGAGAACACCUCCAACCUGGUUACAUCGUACCAGCCACGAUAUCUCAAGCCCCUGCAGCUUCGUGCUGUCGCUACUCCUAGCAAUGCUCCCAAUGAGUUCCAAAAGGCUCGCCAAAACCAACGUAUUGUGGACCCCCGCCAGCCAUUACAGCCUGGGACUGGUUUUGACGGCCCUAAUAUCUACAUGCGUUGCCUUAAUGCUCUGCGGUCUAAUAUACCUGCAGAGCAGGCCUUUGCUCUCAACCAUCUCGUCAAGAUUUCGUAUGAAAGAGGCGACAAGUAUAAGUUCGACUCUUUCCCUGGCCUUGCAGAAGGCCUUGUGGAGAAGGCCCUACAAGUCGGCAGUUUGUUCUACCACGUUAACUGGGUCGUUUCCUGGGAUCCCAGUAUCGACUCCAGCGAUAUUGACACUCUUGAUGGUAAUAAUGGCACCCAGGAUAUCCUGGAGCGGAUCCAUAAUCUCAUUGAGAAGGAUAUGCCAGAUGUCCUCCAGACUGAGGCCUACGCUGAUGAGCUGGUCCUGGUAACCGAAGCUGUUCUGACAAUACGGAACAUGGUCACUCUCCCGGAGAAUGCUCAUAACAUGUCUGAUUUCUACCCCCUGAAGGACCUCAUCUGCAUCAUUCUGCACCUACCGCACAAAGACUCCCUCAUCGAACUUAAGCACUUGACGUUGGAUAUCGCAGAGCAGCUGACGCCAUUUAUGGCACUGGAGUCAGAUGACCCUCUCUAUAAGACACUGCUUGCACAGAUGGCAUCCGAGGACCGCGGUGCGAUCUUGACAGCUCUCCGCGCUCUGGGCCGGCUCUCAAUGAACCUCGAGGCCACCAAUAAGCUGGGUAACGUCCCCGGACUGGUGCUGCAACGAAUCGCCAGCUGGCUUCUCCUCAACGACGACGAACUCAUCGACGCAUGCCUUGACUUCCUCUACCAGUACACUGCAGUCGUGCCUAACGUGGACAACCUGAUCCGCUCUCUGACACCUGAGAACCUUGUCGACCACCUCACCCGCCUCCUUGCCCAUGGCGCCCGCAAGGUCCAGCGCGAGUUCACCCUUGUUCCCGAGCAGAAGCUGCCUGCUCGCGACGAGAUUGCCCCAAUGCCCGAGGACCUCCUUCAGGAGAUGCUCAAGCUCGAGGAGCCUGAACGUGUGCAUCAUUGGGUCCGCAGCUUCUUUGAGGAGGACCGCGACUCAUUCGUCACGCAGCUGGCCGCAUGGCAGGCGUACCAAACCGCCUUUGUUGGACCGCUUAAGGCCAUUGGUCAACCGCUUAUUACUCCCGCAGACUUCAUUAGGAACAGUACAUCCGUGUAUAAGGACUCGAAUGCGCAGGUUCUUAGGGAGCCCGGCGAUCCUCAGCAGAAGUUCAUCAUCCACGGCAUUCGCGCUCGCCCUCGACCGCUUAGCAUUGAUGGAAAGGAGUACGGUCGAUGUCUUUGGGCCUCCAAUCCCACCAACAAGAAUGAGAAGUGCGGUCACUUUUAUCUAAAGGCUAAGCAGAUGUGGAACCAUAUCCUCACGACUCACAUGGAAGAGAAGAAGAACGAAGACGACCAGUAUGAGAACACCGAGAAGGAAUUCGUCUGCACCUGGGGUGAAUGUUCCCGAUUCGUCAAUCCGACCAAGCUGUACCUCCAGGACUUUGCGCGGCAUAUCAACACGCAUGUGUCAGCGAUGCUGCCAACCUCGGAAGCGCAGGCUCGGAAACCAGACCGACCCUGGAUCGUCCCCGCCAAGACCAUGGCGGUGACCUAUGAAGAGACCAUGACGGUGCGGGACGAGCGGAAUCCUAACGCGCCCCCGCAGGCUGCCGGUAUCCCGCUGAGUGCCGCGCUUGUGCUGCGCAACAUUGCCCGCAACGUCGUCAAGACGGAGGCUGAGGAUGAGCUAAUUAAGAUGCAAGAGAGUGGUGGAGAAUCCGGUGGGUGGAACGAGACCCUCUUCCGGCCGAUCUUACCUCGCCUCUUUGAGAUUCUGGCAGAGAACCGAGCCUUGAGCCCCUACAUUGCGUCACUAUUGGAUCUGAUCCGAAUCGACAACGACGGCCAAGGCCGUUGA